AUGUCAUUCCUACGACCUACAUUCCCUUAUCCGGCUCGAAUACCCUCAUGGUUCGCUGGCCACAUGUCCCGUUCAUUACGAGAAUUACCUUCCUUGUUGGAAAAUAUAGAUUUGGUGAUAGAAGCUAGAGAUGCAAGACUGCCCCUCACAAGUAUGAAUCCUACGUUUGAGACGAUGUUGAACAGAGCAAGGAAAGGAAAAGGCAAAGAAAGGGAAAAAGUAGUCGUGUAUACUAAAAGAGAUCUGGCUGAAAAACGGUAUGAAGAGCCGUUGAAAAAAGCUUUUCUCGAACAUGCAGGUCAAAGAGUAAUGUUUGCAGAUACACGAUCUGAUAAGGAUGUCAAAGAUAUAUUGAAAUAUGCCGUGCGCAUAGCAAAAGACAAUGCGGAGACUAUACCUGAUCUUCGAGUCUUGGUAGUUGGUAUGCCGAAUGUUGGUAAAUCAUCUUUACUCAAUGCUUUAAGAAGAGUAGGUGUGAGAAAAGGCAAGGCAUUUCGAACAGGUGCAGAAGCUGGUAUAACCAGAAAAUUGACUGGUACAGUCAGGAUAUAUGAUGAUCCGAGUGUGUACGUAUACGAUACUCCUGGAGUCAUGUUACCCUUUCUGGGAAGAGGUGAGGACGGAGCUGAGAAAGGAUUAAAAUUGGCUCUAACUGCCGGUAUAAAAGAAUCGUUGUUUGAACAAGAUGCGAUGGUUGAUUAUCUACUGUGGAAGAUGAAUAAAAGGUUGAUUAUCGAAUCGGAAUUAUUGGAUGAUGAUCCAAAUAAACAUCAAAGUUAUCUGUCGCUCUUGCCUCUUCCAAAGGAUUUCGAACCGACUGAUCAUCUACCUACACUUCUGGACGCUUUAUCGGAUAGACUAGGAGCACUGAAAAAAGGUGGUGAAAGAGACCAUGAAGCUGCUUCUGCUUUUCUGAUUAGAUCAUUUAGGGAAGGUAAACUAGGUGGAUACACAUUGGACGAUUUAAUAUUACCGAUCAAUCAACUAGCUCCUACACCUACAUCACAUGAAGAUGAGGGAAAUGGUGAUCAUCUCUUGAAUACAUUAUCAAUACCGUCAAAUGACACCGUGUAUCCUCCAUCAUUCAGUGAAGUAGAAUCGAUACCAGCACCAAUAUCAAUACCACAAUCUGGUAAUUUGGAUUAUCAAGUUUCCCAAGCUGUCAAAGCCUAUCUAUCGCAAUCGAAAGAAACGAAUCCAUCAAUAUCAAGUGAUUCUUUGAAUCAACAGAAAAAGGCUAAUAAAAGAGUCAAAUUAGAAGAGAGAGAUGCUAAAUUACGUGCUAAAGGCGUAAACGUACCUGUACGUCAAUGGGGUGAGAGGAAUAGUAAAUUGAGCAAGAAAAGUAGAUCGGGUGAAGCUGGCAAAUUCGCUAGAAGUAGGAGGUAA